AUGGAUCGAUUUAACCGAAUGCUGGCUGCGGCACAUAUGGGUGGCACACAAACUGGGCAAGACACAAACUUAGUCGACAAUUCAGAAACCGUCUACAUUUCCUCCCUCGCCCUCCUAAAGAUGCUCCGACACGGAAGGGCGGGUGUUCCUAUGGAAGUCAUGGGACUGAUGCUCGGCGAGUUCGUUGAUGACUUCACUGUCCGAGUUGUCGACGUCUUCGCGAUGCCGCAAUCAGGAACUUCCGUAAGCGUCGAGUCUGUUGAUCCGGUCUUUCAAACAAGGAUGAUGGAUAUGUUGCGCCAAACAGGUCGACCAGAGGUGGUAGUGGGAUGGUAUCACUCACACCCCGGGUUCGGAUGCUGGUUGUCCUCGGUCGAUAUCAACACGCAGCAAUCAUUCGAACAGCUGACUCCCCGCGCUGUGGCUGUCGUCGUUGAUCCCAUCCAAUCCGUCAAGGGUAAAGUCGUCAUCGACGCAUUUCGGCUUAUCAACCCCCAAGCCAUCAUGAUGGGCCAAGAACCUCGCCAAACCACCUCAAACCUGGGUCAUUUGAACAAACCCUCUAUUCAAGCACUGAUCCACGGCCUGAAUAGACAUUACUACAGCAUCGGAAUUCAAUACCGCAAGACCGGCUUGGAAGAGAACAUGCUCAUGAAUCUGCACAAGGAAGUCUGGACUGAAGGUCUCGAGUUACCCUCGAGUUUUGGCUCAGAACGCAAAAGAAACGAAGAAGGUCUACAGCAACUCGUUCAGCUUGCCGAGGGCUACGAGAGGCGUGUGCGAGAAGAGAACGAGUUAACCGCUGAACAACUCAAGACAAGAUAUGUGGGAAAAGUUGAUCCGAAGAAACACAUCGAGGAUGUCGGCCAGCGGUUGAUUGAAGACAACAUCGUUGCCGUGAACAGGCAAAUGAUCGACAAAGAGGCAAGUGUGGCCAAAAAACCUGUGCAAGCGAAUGGCAAUGGCGCAAAUGGUGCUCAUCGAGACGGUUCUGGGCAAAACGGAGACAUGGAAGUGGAUGAGGAGCUGUAG